UUUGACCAUUAGUGGACGCCCAGACGGUGACUUUCCUUGAAGCGUUCUGUUUGCGCUGAUAACCAAGGAGGUGGCUGCACCCCCGCCACAACUGACCCCUCUUUCUCUAGAAAUUAUUGUCAGUUGGAGACUUCCAGAAUUGGUUGGAAAAUUCCAGAAUUCAUAGUAUACUAAGAUUUGUAUUUUCUCUGGAUUCUGAACCAAUGAAAAGAAAAUGGAAAGAAAAAUUGAAGAAGAUUGAAGAACGAGCAUCCCAGUAUGAAAGGAGACCCCUGGGUUCAGUCUACAGACCAAGACUAUCUAAGCCAGAGGACCCACCAUCUGUAUGGAAGCUGUUUCACCGUCAAGCUCAAGCUUUUAACUUUGUCAGAACCUGUAAAGAGGAUGUCCAUGUAUUUGCUCUGGAACACAAAGUGGGAGAUGGGCAGCGUAUUUACCUUGUAACCACUUAUUCUCAGCUCUGGUUUUACUAUCAGUCCCGGAAAAAUCUCAUGCACUGCUAUGAAGUUAUUCCUGAAAAUGCUGUUUGCAAGCUUUAUUUUGAUUUGGAGUUUAGCAAACCUGCCAAUCCAGGAGCAGAUGGGAAAAAGAUGGUUACGCUAUUAAUUGAGCAUGUUUGUACAGCCCUUCAAGAGUUAUUUAAUGUUAAUUGUUCAGUAGAAGAUGUUCUCAAUUUGGAUUCUAGCACUGAUGAGAAAUUUAGCCGCCAUUUGAUAUUUCAGCUCUCUGAUGUUGCAUUUAAAAAUAAUAUCCAUGUUGGUAAUUUUGUUAGAAAAAUUUUGCAACCUGUGAUUACAUUAGAUGACAGUAAAAUUAAUGACAAGAUAUCGGGAGUACCAGGACACACAGCUUCCUCUUCUUCAAAAACAAUAGUGAAACCAGAAAUCUCUUUUGCAAACAAAUCUGAAGAUAAAAAUACUGCAAAAAGUCAACCUUCAAGUAAGGUAGAAGAGUCAGAAACAUCUGAGCAAAAUGGGCCCAAUCUUUCCUUUUUAAUUGUGAAGAAUAAAGGAGGAGAGGAUCACCUUUUUGUAGAUGUGGGAGUUUAUACAAGAAAUAGAAACUUCCGGCUGUACAAAUCAUCCAAAUUGGGUAAAUGGGUGCCUUUGGAAAUUGCUGAAGAUAACAAAUUUUUUCCUAAACCGUCCAAGACAAUUUCUGAAGAAAAUCAAUAUUUCCUUUCUUCUUUGGUCACUAACAUCAGAUUUUCAGAUACUUUACGAAUUCUUACCUGUGAUAUAACUCCAAGUCCACAAAAAAGGGCUGAAUGUUUUAAUGGUGCCCGUACUAAAGGGAAUGUCAUUGAAGGCGUUCAAUGUUCACCAUACCCUGAAAUUGAUAACUUUGUACUUUCUUUGGUUAAUAAAAAUGGUGUUAAUGGAGGAAUUCGGUGUUGGAACUACUUUUUCCCAGAAGAAUUACUUGUUUAUGAUAUUUGUAAGUAUCGUUGGUGUGAAAAUAUUAAAAGAGCCCACAAGAGUAAUAACAUAAUGAUUCUAGUGGAUCUGAAAAAUGAAGUUUGGUAUCAAAAAUGUCAUGACCCUGUCUGCAGAGCGGAAAACUUCAAAUCUGAUUAUUUCCCAUUACCACCUGAAGUGUGUCUCUUGUAUCUGUUCAAAGAGGAUGACGAAGACUACAUUUUGAAUGGAACUGAAAGUAGAAACAUCGCAAAUAACCAAAAACUCCCAGAUUUUCAAGAAUUAUCUUCUAGAAUAUUGACAAGUGAGCUGCCUUCAAAUACAGAUUGGGAUAACUGGAUUGAUGAUUCCUGUUUUUUGGAAGCUGUUGAAGAUGUUGAAUUAGCUGAAGCUGCAGAGAAGAGUAUGGUGGCCAGUGACAGCCUCAUAGCGAAUGAAAUUCCUGAUGCACUUCUUUUAGAAGUCAUGAGAAGAACAGAGAACACGGAGGAGCUUACUAAUGUACUGUAAUUACUAAUGUAAUGACUUCAGAUAGUGUCCAGAGAUAAAAUGUUGGCCUUUGUCAAAUUCAGUGUAAACAAAUGAAGUCAUUAUUUGUUAUGGGCUAAGUAGAUGUGAGUUCAAGUCCCACCUCUGCCUCCUACUGGCUGUCAGAGACCUUCCUCCUUAGUACCACAAUAGGCCACUUUCUAAGACUAUCAGUGGUGGCAGACGAGCUGACCUCACCUGAGAGUUAUGCGGCCUGUUGAAAUCAGGUCUAGUCCCAAGCCUUGUUACCUAUCAUUCUAGUACCUCUUAUCAAACCAGAGGAUCCUUAUCACUUUUUGUACAUUUUCCUAGUUAUUACUAGAAAUUUCUAGUUAUUACUAGAAAUUCUAUUAAAUGUUGAUUACUGUAA